AUGGCUUCCCGCAUGCACCAGAUGGACCCUGCUCUCAGGGAGGAGCUGCGUAAGUUGGCUGCAAAGCAAGAGGGGGGGCCAGGAAGGCCGCUACAGGAAUUGCUUCAGAGUGACGAACCGCUGAAGGGCGCCGAGUCUCAGCGACUCAGGUCAUAUUUUACUUCCAACCGCAUGGAACCGAGCCGCGAUCUUGACGACCUCGAUCGCGUGAUUUUCAAAGGUAAUCUCGACCUUGUCAAGGAUACCUUCACUGCUCUUGCCCCGUCCCAUAUCCCCAGGCUGCCUCCAAGGAAGAGGCGCGCGCAGCAGCUGCAGAAAGCGUAUAUAAAAUGCGAUGGGGUCCCACGCCACUUCGGCAUUGCUCGCUGGCUCAUCGCUGAGGCAAAGGUCCCCGUGGACGGUACGGACCUUUCCGGCUCGCAGGCGAUUUAUCAUGCUAUUUCCACCAAACCGGCGUUCGACCCCGAAUACGCGCAGAUUCUCUACGAUGCUGGUGCGGACGCGUGCCACCGCAACCGUUACGGUGGUACUGCCGCGCAUGAGAUUGCGUUGACUUGGGAGUUCAAGAACAAAGAGGUCCUCCAGCGUGCAGGCAACGCGCUCGCGUAG